UGCAUUGGUUCACCCUCCAAUCUCCUGGAACAGUUCCAGAAUCUACAGAAUUUUGGAAGAAGACACCUAACACAUCACUAUUUUCAUAGUCAUCUUGUUUAGGCGUUAUUGUAUGGUGGAAUGCGUGAGGCACAUUCGCAAGCUGAAAUCCCAUUGGAGGAUACGCCAGCAGAGGCAUUUACAAUGCUCCUGAAAUAUAUUUACACAGGCCAGGUCACACUCAGUAAUGAAAAAGAGGAAAUAUUGUUGGACUUCCUCAGUCUUGCUCAUAAAUAUGGAUUCCCAGAACUGGAAGAUGCCACAUCGGAGUAUCUGUGCACGAUCCUCAGUAUUAGUAAUGUCUGUAUGGUUUAUGAUGUGGCCAGUCUUUACUCUCUACAGAAACUUUCCGAUACCUGCUGCCUGUACAUGGACAGGAAUGCAAAGGCAGUUCUUAGUAGUGAUGGUUUCCUGUCUCUCUCAAAGGCAGCCCUGCUCAAUGUUGUCUCUCGAGAUUCCUUCGCUGCUACAGAGAAGGACAUUUUCCUGGCUUUGGUGGACUGGUGCAAACUGAAUCCAAACGAGAGACAUGUGGAGAUUAUGAAGGCAGUCCGCCUACCCUUAAUGAGUUUGACAGAAUUAUUGAAUGUUGUAAGGCCGGCAGGACUGCUCUCCGCAGACACCAUUUUAGAUGCCAUCAAGAUUCGAUCAGAAAGUCGUGAUAUGGAGCUGAACUACAGGGGAAUGCUCAUUCCUGAAGAGAACAUUGCAGCAAUGAAAUACGGAGCACAGGUUAUUGGUGGAGAACUGAAAGCGGCUUUGCUUGAUGGCGACACUCAAAAUUAUGAUCUUGAUCAUGGCUUCUGCAGACACCCAAUUGAUGAGGACUGUAGGUCUGGGAUUGAGGUGAAAUUGGGCCAGGCAUCAAUCCUGAAUCACAUUCGCAUGCUGCUGUGGGAUAGGGACAGUCGGUCAUACUCAUAUUACAUCGAAGUGUCCAUGGAUGAACUAGAUUGGAUUCGAAUCAUUGAUCAUUCCAACUACCUGUGUCGCUCCUGGCAGAACUUAUUCUUCACUCCUCGUGUCUGCAGGAAAUCGGAGCACCCAGAAGAAACACACGCAGACACAGGUUUCCGUUGUCCUCUCAGUCCUGACUCAAGGUCAUUCUUCAUACAAGCGCUGCUCUGA